CCGUAUAUGACCGUCGAUAUGCGUAAUAAUAAGCUUGGUAUAAAACCGAUAAAGAAAUAAAGAAAUAUUUAAUUAAUAGUCAAUACAGUACGGGCUGUGUCCACGAACAUUGACUAAAGAUGACGAUUUCAGUUCAGCAAAAUGUCUUAUAGUAGUCUUUGUGUUUGUUUCUAUCAGCGAAGCUUACAUUCAAGAUGAUGGAAAUACUGCACACACUGUACCUGUACAUGUUUCUUCAAGACCUCAAUGGGAAAAAAACUUCGAGAAUGGAGUAAAAUCGGCUCUGCCAUUGGUUCGUUUCGAAAAUAAACUCUAUUACUUCGGCGGUCACACACCGUUGAGUUGGAUGGAAUCUCUAAACUUUUGCGAAACAAUUCACAUGAAGUUGGCAUCAAUUAAUUCAGCAAGAGAAAAUAAUAAAAUCGCGCAGUUCGCAAGACAAGCAGGUAUCAGUAAUCUAUAUUGGAUUGGGGGAGCUAGAUUCGUAGAUAACGUCAAAUGGUUGUGGAUACCUUAUGGAAGAGAAGUCGACUACAGCAACUGGGCCGCCGGUCACCCAGUUAAGAAUACUCUUAAUUGUAUACUGGGGUCGAACUGGGGAGUGGGCGAACAGUUCACUUGGGUUGUGGGAGACUGCUAUGCGCGACUGAAUUUCAUUUGUGAAAGAUAUGUGGAUGAUGUGGGCUCUACACUUGGGGGCGCUACACUAUCUUGAGUGAUAUUUAAUACAAAUUAUUUUUUUAAAUAAAGUUUUUUUAUAAAUAAAAA